CCUCUGCGGACGUCCGGAAAGCGAAAUAAAAAAAAAACUAAAUAAUAUCAAAGAAAAUAUUUAAAAAAAUAUAUACUAUUACAAAAAAUGUUCUGUAUUUUACCGUGAGAAAAAUAAUAAAAGAUUUUUAUUCAAUUUUUUCUAUUGAGUAGUGAUUUAAAAAAAGUAAAAACGGCUACCCUAAAGUUAUAUUACGCAAAACCAAUGUAUUUAGCGGCGGAUGCCGUACGCGAAACAAGAAUUGUGUUAAGGCUCGAAUCAACGGAAUCUGAGGACCACUUUAAUAGUAUUUGUUCUUCAAUACCAGCGCCUCCAGAUAUUGAAACAUGUCAUUGCCAAGAGAAUUUAUUUUUAACAAGGAGUUGUCGAAGUUGGACGGGGAGAUGCUCGGCUCAUCAGCUCCGCCAACGACAACUGCUCCAGCGUCGUGCUCCAUCGAGUUGUCGGCGGAUCCGAUUGUUGAGGUUUUGUCACCGGACAAAGCGGGAUCGUUGCUGUCGAUCCAAUCAGCGCCGCCUGAGCAGAGUGAGCGCAUCGAGCCCAGAGAGAGACCUGUCAGCUUGCUCUUAGAACUGCCUUUAGCUACUCAAGUCGGCGCGUAUUUGUCAGCGAUGUCGCCCACUGAUCAAGAGGAGGACUCACUCUUGACUCUGUCCUCUGUGACCGCUCGCCCGCUACUGGCCGCUUCGAGGAAGCUGAGACCUCACACCGGUUCUACCGAUAUAUCAUCACCUCCAGAUGGGGGUUACGGAUGGGUGGUUGUAUUCGGAGCUUUCAUGGUUCAAUUCUGGGUCGCGGGGCUGUUUAAGUCAUAUGGGGUACUUUAUGUUGAAAUAAUGGAAACGUUUCCUGAUUCCUCUGAGAGCGUUGCGUCAUGGAUUCCAGCUGCUUUGUCGACUCUUUGCCUCGCUUUGGCUCCACUUUCAUCAGCAUUGUGUGAAAAAUACUCGUGUCGGCUGGUCGUUUUCAUCGGGGGCUUGUUCUGCGCUACGGGGCUCGCCGUGUCAUUCUUUAGCACGGGAUUGUUGCAUUUACUUUUGAGCUUCGGUGUUAUGACCGGGAUCGGAGGGGGGCUGUCCACUACCCCUGGUAUCGUGAUCGUGUCGCAGUACUUUGACAAACAUAGAGCUCUGGCUAAUGGUAUAUGUGUGAGCGGGACAGCAGCUGGAAGUUUCGUUUUUCCUAUGUUGAUUGAGAAACUUGUAGACACAUAUGGAUUACAUGGAACCGUUUUGCUCUUGGGUGCCGGUAUGCUGCACGUGUGUGUGUCUGCCACUCUGUACCGUCCACCGCCCACGCCACGCCCCAUCACACCCGUCACAACCACCACGACUGAGAAUACCACGCUCCUUAACGAUAUACAGGAAGGUAAAACUUUAGUCCAAAACAAAGACAAUAAGCUGCAGCACCUCUUUCAACCAGAGACUGAACUCACGCUGACCUUGAAUCAAAAGAACGCCUUGAUGAGUGAAGACAAACGUACGAAUCUCCUCAGCGAGAUCAUACACCCGAGUCUCAUCGAGCAAGUCGCACGUCCUCAGCUACAACAUCAAAUGUCGGAUUCUGAGGAUUCGGAAGGGCUCGAUGUGUUGGGAGUAGUGGGCUUGCCGCGUGAUGUCGUGAGGCUUCGUCUCCGACCGACUCGAUCGUCUUCAAUUCUCCAUUCGGUUGAAGAUCUCUCAACUGACAGCACUUGCGUCUAUAAAGCUAGAGGAAGAUCGCUGAGCCGGUCCUUAUAUAUUAAGCCUCCAUUGCCGAGCAGAAUCAUUCAGAGCAAGCUUUCCGAACCGGUAAACGAUGUGAAGAAGGAUGAAGAAGAAUUAAAAGAAGUAAACAUUGAAGAUAAAGAAGCAAAGAGGGGAUGUGUCGAAAAAAUAUCCAGAUAUCUUGACGUGUCUCUUCUGAAGUCUUGGCGUUUUGGAUUACUCUGUGCGUCCGUCGCGCUCAUGUCUUGUGGGUCUCCUUACGCCCUAUACUACUUACCAGCUUACACAGUGGCUGUUGGACAUAGCAAGGCGGCAGCUGGUCAUUUGGUAGCUAUAAGUGCGAUAUUGGAUUUAUGCGGUCGCCUUGGUCUGGGUUGGCUGUGUGACUUGCAUCUGUUCUGCAGAAGGAAGGCUUAUAUUUUAAGUAUUAUUAUUGCUGGAAUCGCUGUUUUAUCAUUGCCAAGUUUGACUUCGUGGUGGAGUUUGGCAAUAGCGUCAGGUGCUUAUGGACUCUGCCUCGGCUGCUGGUUCCUGUUGGUACCAGUUUUACUAGCUGAUGCAUUCGGGACUGCUCGCAUAGCGUCUUCAUAUGGACUCGUCAGGAUGUUCCAGAGCUUGGCGGCUGUUUCCGUUCCUCCUACAGCUGGUUUACUCCGUGACGUCACUGGCGGCUACUCCUGGUGCUUCUAUGGAAUGGGUUCGUGUAUGGUCCUCGGAUCAAUUCCUGUCAUCGCAUUCCAUCUGAGUACUAAGAACGAGGACUCCGAAUCGUCUGUUGAUUGAAUAAAUAUCAUUAAUAAUAUGUGCUACAUAAUAUAUAAAACCUAUAUGGUUUCAUUCGAAUAUAUAAAAAAUGAAUAAUGAGCAAAACAAAAAAAUUGAAAAAAAAAAACGAUUUUGACAUGUCUGUCAUUUAGUAAAAAACGCGCCAUUUUGGGUAAAAUAAUUUAAAAAAUAUAUAAAGUCGCUUUGAUAGCGUUAAAAGAGCGCCUUAUAUUAUUAUUCAGUUAGUGUUAGAUUUAUUUAUAUAUAUAAAAGCAAAUAGAUGUUAUAAAUAUUUUUGCUUCAAUUAAUUUUCAAUUUUUAAUCUGUAUUGUGGAUAUAAGUAUCGAUAGAGGCCAAAAAAAGUGUAUAUUUGUUCAUGCGCAUCAUCCUAAGCAACCCUACGGUAACUAUUGAUAUUUCUAUAGAGGAACGACCUCUGGUGGCCAAAAAGAAAACUAAUUUAAAAUAACCGUUGCUAAUUAUUAUAAUAAUUGACGAUAAAAUGAAAUAAAAGCGAAG